CGAGGUCUGGGAAAUGAGAUGAUCCAUAAAACAGGCCUCGUUUCCAUAACCAGCCCGAUCAAAUCGUCCCUCCCGAAGUCCUGUCCUUUUUUUUGCGUCCUUUCCGAACUCGAACCUUCCUGCAUGCUCCUGCGACCCCUCGAUCCUUGGGUCGAUAGUCCCUCUUUUAGUUGACCUACGAUGAUUAUUGAUUGACUGAUCCAAUCGACCAAAGACCCUGGAUUAUUUCCCCGUACUUGCCUCGUCCACUGCCGUAUGUCAAACGACCCCCCAUAAUCGCCAUGAUUUCCACCUCGCCUGUUCCCGUCGGGUCCAGCAUCUUCUUUACCUUGGCUCUGCUCACGAUCUCUGUCCUCGUUCUCCUGCUUUUGCGACGCUUUCUUACGCUCCGCGCUACUCCGGCUUACCUUUCCAUUCCCGUCUUCCUUGCGCUCGCGCUUCCGGCCAGUGUCGUACUUUUGGUCCCUAUCGACCUAGCAUCCAGCUCGCGUGAUGGGGGAGGACCCACGGCCAUCUGGCUGCCCGACCGUCUAAUUCUGGUUUCCUGGCGCAUUGCCUACUGGCUUAUCUUUGUGCUAACAUGGGCCAUCCUUCCUUUGCUUGGAGAAUACAUUGAUUCGGGCUACCGUGAACCGAAGGGUCGCAUCCAAUACUCCAUCCGUUCGAAUGCGCGAUACCAACUGAUUGUUCUAUGCUGUGCGACGGUCGGACUAAUCUACAUCUCAAUCCAAAAUGGAUUCGAGUUUACCUCCAUCAAGACACUCGUGAUGGCUCUUGCCUACGUCUGGGGUCUUGUCCUGGCUAUCUACCUCAUGGGUCACGGACUUGUUUCCAUUCCCCGCACUCUCUUCCGUAACGCCAACGUCAGUGGUCGACUGCGGAGAAUCCAAUCCCAUGCACCGAAGCUACAUGACCGCUUGAUGGACGCGAUCAAUGACCUUGAAAGCUUGGAGUCACAGGUUGCCCAGCUCCAGCGCCGUAAAACAGGUACCGCUCGCGAUUUCCAGGAGUGGAUUGAAGAGUUGGCAGAGACAGCGAACUCGCCUGAGCUGCGUUCGGGAUUCUUGGAACAGGCGGAUGGUCCCGGCACGGUUCCUGCCGUUAUCACUGAGCGCUACCUAGCGGAUUUGACUCGACGUCUUCAGCGCGCUCGACACCAAAAAGCUCGCUUCGUUGACGAGUGGGAUCGCUUGGUCCUGUCCGCCGCGGAUAUGCAAGCCAUUAUUAACUCAUCGGCAUCAACGAAGCUUGAGUUUAUCCAUUCGCCCCAUCGAUCGAGCUGGGUACCCAGUGUAAACUUGCUGAGCCCGUACAUGCGAUACCAUCUCUAUGUGCACAUUAUUCCGAACGUGCGACUCGGGCUGGGGGCAAUCUUCUCGGCGGCCUCCGUCUGCGUCGUGUGGUCGGAGUUGGUCAAAUCCUUGGCGCCUCGGCUUUCUGUGGUGACACUUUCCGUGGUGUCCUACCACAAGGAUCCGGCGCCGGUCGGUUUUGGGCGGCAAUUGAUAGCCUCUGCUUGGCUGCUGUACAUGUGCUCGGCGGCAUUGGUGGGUGUCAACGACGCCAAAGUGUGGGGCAACCGUGCCUUGGUCCGCCGGAACACGUACGGGGAGAGCGCCUGCUGGUACGCGGGGCUAGUGGCCAGAUUGACCGUGCCCAUCGCAUACAAUUUCCUGACCUUCUUGCCUGCGACCGUCCGCCAGAGCACCACGUUCUACAAGUUCCUCGGCCGGUUCAUUGAUCUGACCCCUCUGGGGAAGGGCUUCGAUUACUUCUUUCCGGUCUUCAUUCUGCUGCCCAUCGGGGCCACCCUUUUCAACCUCUACGGUCGAGUUCAAAACAUCUGCAGCUGGGGGCUGAUCGAAGAAGACGACGAUGACCUGGAAAAUAACCCUGGCGGCUACGGGCUCGGCGGGUGGCGAGAGGGACGUGAUCUUAUCGAGCGGGAACUCAACGGCCUCGGCUCGCUGGGGCUUUCCGCCCGGGGCAGUCGGUCGCCUCGCCCAGCCAGUAGCAUUGACGAGGACACGCCUGCCUAUUCAUCCUCCCGGACCGCACUGCUGGAGAACCCGCGAACCCCUCGAGCCUCCAGGGGGACGGCUGCUACCACCCCGCUGAUGGAGGACGAGGAGGACGAAGAUAACUUUCUCCAGUCAUUUGCCCACCGAGUGAGGAACACUCUCGAGACCGCCAGCAAGCCUCAGUGGCUGCAGGGCGACUCCUUCCGCCUUCCACGGUGGAUGGGAAGCGAGGGGAAUGAAGGCAACAGUGGUCUGGCAAGGUGGUUUGGUGGUCGACCGGCGCCUGGCGGGGUCAGACUCUGAGGAAACCGACUGGUCGGUAGUGUAACCUAUACUUGCUGCAUUGCGGAGGCGUUGCUGGUAGAUCAUCUUGGUUGGUAAUAUUUGUAUAGAUGUAUAUAGUAGC